AUGGACAGCACAAGUAGGAGACAAGCGCGCCAAGCCCUGGUGAAUGAGCUCUGGCAAAGAGAUGACCCCCAGGUCAUGAUCGUGAGAUAUGAUGACGAGCUUGAACGUAUUGGAACACGGGCUGAGACUCUCACUUACCACACCAAUCCUAUUCAAGCCAUUGACGCUUUUCUUAGACUCCUAGUACUUGGACCUGCAAGACGAUCGCACCACUAUGCCUUCUUGUUCAAUGGUCAGUACCUCAUCAGAUGGCUCAACGCCCACUCGAACUCUCAUAAUCCUCCGUCUCCGAAAGAAUUGGUCGACGAGGUCAUGUCGGAUCUGACUGAAAAUCACACAGUCUAUCACAAGAUCAUAAACAUCACAAUCAUCUCAUACCUUGAGUAUCAUACUAGAGGCUGCGGCACACUUGGCCCAAGACUCAAUCCGGCUUCUAAUCCAGGAUUUCCGGAAACAGAAACGUCUGGUACUGACACUGUGGCUGAUACAGACGACCUUGUGUUGUACGACCUAUAUGCACCACCAUACUGGAUUCAUGGAAGAGCGCCGGGUGAGUACUUGCCUCUCGAGACUGAGCCGGACACCCCUCUCGUUGCUGAACCAAGUCCUGCGCCCCUCCCACCAGCUAAUGACGCCCCUCCACAGGAGAUCCGCGACAUGAGCUUGAGUCUUGAAGCUCGUAGAGUCUUCGCUUGUAACUUUCCUGGUUGUUCCUCGCGCUUGACCAGACCCUCUGACCUUCGUCGUCACCAGCAGAAUGUGCAUCGUGGUCAUACCCAACAGUAA